CUAUAGUACUAGUAAUCAAGAAAUUCAGGCUAAAAAAAUUAUUAAUAGCCUUUUUUAAAGGCAUGAUCGGCUGCUAUAAAAUAUUCAAUACAAAUCGACUUCACAAUGGACUCAAAUUUUGCAUUGAACAGACCAGUUUGUGAAGGUGAUCAUCGUUUCGAACCCGACGAUAAAGCUGCAACAGCUAUUGCUCUACGUUCAAACGACAUUAAGAAUCAGAAACUAAAAAGACUUUCAAUUGAUGACAACAAUCAGCCAUAUCGGAAGAGCAUUACAUUUAAUGAUGAUCACCCAGUUAAAGUAACAGCCAAAUUUGAUUAUAUUGAUGGUAGCCGAGAUAGUGUCUUUACAGCCGAAGAUAUGAGUGAAAGACAUGAUGACAACACUCGGUUUCCAAAGAUUGAAGAAAUGGCCCAUUUCCAUUAUGAUACUGUUGAUUUCAGUUCUCCUCUUCAGAUGUGUAUUUUUCAAAGCAAACAAUCAGGAAAAAUGACACCAGUCAAUGAAGAUGGAGAAACCGUUAAGGUGAAAGUCAGUUGUCGUGAGAAAAGUUGGGUUAUUUCACGAAGUUUGUCCGAUUUUGUUGGAAUGGACUUACAGUUUCAUAAGUGUAUUUUUGAUCGACAGUAUACUGGACUUGAAUCGCUAAAGUUUUUAAGGAAUGAACGUGUCAUGACAAAGAAUUUAAUGGAAAGGUUAAUAAAGUACAUGAACAGACUCUCGAGAAUUGCUGGGAAUACAAUCUGGUGUGGCCCAAUUUUAAACUGGUUUGAGGUUGAUAAUAAAGGAAAUCAUCUUAUGCUGACCGAGGACUCUGCUAUUAACGUCCCCGCUAUUGCUGCCGCGAGCGUCAUCAAGAGAUAUACAGCACAAGCAUCCGAUGAAAUCUCGUUUGAGGUAGGUGAUAUUGUCUCGGUCAUCGAUAUGCCCCCGUACGAAGAAAGCUCUUGGUGGCGUGGAAAACGCGAAUUUGAGGUUGGCUUCUUUCCCAGCCAAUGUGUCAAAGUAAUCGGGGAUACUUCAGCAACGGUUGCACCUCAAAAACUCACUCCAGUUGCUUCUAAACGAGGAAAAGUUGUAAGUUAUCUUCGGACAUUUCUGUCAUCACGUCCCAGUCGUGUAAGACUGCUGCAGUCUGGAAUUCUGAGAGAACGAACGUUUGGUUGUGACCUUGGUGAACAUCUUCAGAGAACUGGAAGAGAAAUUCCCCUUGUCGUAGAGAUGUGUGCUAAACUGAUCGAAAAAUGUGGUAUAACAAACGGUGUGUACCGUCAUUCAGGAAUGUCCACAAAUGUUCAAAAGAUAAGGCUCAUGUUUGAUUCAGAAGAGUCACCAAUACUGGAACAGGAUUGUUUUUUACGUGAUAUUCAUUGUGUUGGAAAUGUUCUUAAGAUGUAUUUCAGGGAACUGCCCAAUCCUUUGUUGACGUACCAUCUAUAUGAAAAAUUUACUAGUGCUGUACGAAUCAAGGAUGGUUUCGACCGCGAAAUUGCGAUCCAUCAUGUCGUUCAACAGUUGCCACCCCCUCAUUAUAAGACUGUGGAGUUCCUGCUGAAGCAUCUUGCAAAAUUAGCAGAUUAUCACAACGAGACUGGAAUGCACGCGAAAAAUCUUUCCAUAGUUUGGGCACCGAAUUUAAUGAGGACGGAAAAAAUGGAGGAAAGCAGUAGUUUGGAGCACUUAGGAUCACAAGCGGUCGUCGUGGAAUUUCUUAUUCGUAACGUUGACAUAUUUUUUGAUAAAGACACUGCUGCGAGAGCGAUAACGAGGUUUCCUGAUAGUCCAAAACAUGGAAUGAGGGAGAGAAGCCAUAGUGAUCCAUCAAUUUCGGAAAGCAUCUCACUUUAUGAUCGAAGUAAAAUACGGCCAUCCUCCGUUGGUGUUGCUCCAGCGCCAAAACUUAUCUCUUUAGAAGAGGCUAGGUCAUCUAGAAAUCCUUCCAAAAUGGCGCAGACAGAAUCCGUCGGGGUUAAUAAUAAGGACGUACCUUUGGCUGAACAAGAAGAAUCUUCACCGGAUCUUAGUUCACCCGAACAAGAAGGAUCCAGGGGAGGAAGUCCUUUAAGUCCAGUUCCUGGAAAUCCUUUAAAACCUGGCAAGACUUAUAUUGAUGUAGGCGAGGGACCAAGUGCCCUUCCCGAAUAUCAUACGGUCAUUGAGUUACCUAGGGGCAAGAAAACAAAUAUCACGCGGGGAAGCAAAAAAUGGAAGUCACUGUUUGGUAAACGGCCGGAGAGUACAAGGACUUCAUCGCAUAACUCGUCGUUUAGACGACCGCCGUUAAGACAGCGUAGCUUUGAAGAUGCUAUAAAGAAAGAUGAAGGAAAGGUACGCUCCAAGAGUGUUGAUGAAUUAUCCAGUGAAGAAAAUAAGAAAGGAAAGAGUUUAUCAAUUUCAUAUCCGUUAUCACGGAACAGAUACAAUCCUCAAGAAAGUGGAGGUAAAAUUACCGCUACUGGGAAAUCUAAAUUCUAUGUAGAACCAGAUUUACCGCCUGAAGGUAUGCGGGGGACAUUCGCAAAGGCGCAAGUUGGAUCACCGGACGCUCGCAGGAUUAAUACGGCCGGGUCGAAUGAAGGGGUCUCAGAAAACAGUUCCAAACGUGCUGACCAGCGCCCCCCUAGACCUGCAACUUCACCGCCUGGGUAUCAACGGCAGGUUCGACAAAAGUCAAGAAGUGACUCUCCAGGACGUGUGAACGGAGACGAAUCCACGUUCUUUGUGACAGGUCGCGUUAACCAGCAAACAAAUGCAUUGUCGAUUGGAGUUGUACGUGCGCCUGGCGUAAAUUCCUUAAAAUCAGGAAUGCCUGUGGCAAACGAAGAAAACGGAUCAGCAAAUGAGACAAAAAAAUAACCCGUUCUCAGGGUGCAUAGUUCCCAAAAUUUCCUUACAGGAUUAUUCCUACACAUACAGCGCGAAAUGCUGUUACCCAUAAAAUAUAUCUCGAUUAUCUUCGCCGUUCAAGGCGUUUGAACUAUCAUCAAAUGGUGGGUUUGGAGAAGAGAGGAGCAGAAACCGAAUAUUUGCAUUGGGAUGAUCAUUGUUAAUAUCCUUCAAGGCUCAAUUAACUGACAGUACUGUGCAUAACUAUUAUGCAGUAUUAGUGAAUUCAUAUAUUGAAAUUUUAUUCAUCUCAUUUAGAUUGUACAUAUAUUUUUGGUAGAUUUAUAAUGAAUUGUUUAUAUUUAAUAGGUAUGGAUUAAAAGCGGCUAUAACAAAGUUGCAAAUAUUUUUCAAGUCGAAUGUAUUAAAUGAUGUAUCGUACACUUGGCUACAAAGCGAUUUUAACCAGAAGUAUGUUGUUUAUAUUUCGGUUUGCUCAUUUAUCGGAAAACAGUCGAAAGGGAGACAAAUUGCCACGAUGCCUGAAAUUUUGGCGCAUUUACACAAAUGACGUUGGUUUUUUGAACCGCUUUUUUAAAAUUUUAUUACUGAUGAGUCCAACAACUUUCGUGAAUGCGGAUAAGUACCUGCAUGUAUUUAAACCUUUUUUUCGCAGUUUAAGAGCAAAUUUUGUUCGUCAAGUUUGUUAAAUAUUUUAAAUACAAAGCUGGUAACGUUUUUAUAUAGUUAGUUGACGACGAAAACUUAUAACUAUCUUGAAAAGUAUAGCCUACGUAACAUAGACGGUGAA